CUAAAACUCUAAUAGUUAAGUUCUCUUUAUAUAAUAAUGCAACAAAGCUUCUUCAUCAAUCACAACUUUCGUUAAUUCAAAGCUACAACACAACUUACAAAUCUCUUUUUUUAACUCUCUUUCCAAGAAAAAGAUGAUCAACACUAAGAAACUACUCAAGAUGGCCAAGAAAUGGCAACAGAGAGCAGCCCUACACAGGAAAAGAAUAUCAUUUCAGAGAUCAAGUACUACUACUACUAGUAGCAGCUCAUCUGCUGUGGAGAAGGGCUGUUUCGUGGUUUACACGGUUGAUAAAAUCCGCUUUGCUUUUCCCAUAAGUUACCUGAACAACUCUGUUUUCCAAGAGCUCUUGAGGAUCUCUGAAGAAGAGUUCGGCCUCACGGCAGGUGGACCAAUCACGUUGCCGUUCGAUUCCGUUUUCUUGGAGUAUCUCAUCACAUUGAUCGGACGAAGAAUCGAUGGAGAUACAGAAAAGGCUCUGCUAAUGUCAAUCUCUAGUGCUAGAUGCUCUUUGCAACUACAAGAACAACAAAGUAGUAGUACUCAACAAUUACUUGUAUUUUAGAGAAUUACACGCUAAAUCCUUCUAUAGUUCUACUGUAUCAGAUAGACAGAUCAUUUCAAAAAUACAAACUACUAUUUUUUUCUU